UCUUUCGCCCCUAUACCCAAAUUUGACGAUCGAUUUGCACGUCAGAACCGCUACGAGCCUCCACCAGAGUUUCCUCUGGCUUCACCCUAUUCAGGCAUAGUUCACCAUCUUUCGGGUCCCAACAUACAUGCUCUUACUCGGUUCCUGCUUCACAGAGGAAUUCGGACCGGUCGAUGGUGCUUCCAGAGGAGUCCCACCUUCAUUCACUUUCAUUCCGCCCGAGGGUUUCAAUCACCCAAAGACUUGCAGGCAUGUUAG